CAUUGUUUCCCGCCAUUGUAUCAACCCUCAAUGUGCCAUUCAUCACCAGCGAGCACACCUGCUGGCCUCCAUCUCGUCCACAACUCCAGCGAUGAUAGGAGCGCACACGAACCACCACCCAAAUAAGACACAAACGGAAAAAACCAACAUGGCGACUCAACAACAAGAAACCGCGCGAGAAACGCGUUCAAAGACGUGCACGACGCCCGUCGAGUCUCGAGGCGAGAAACGAGAGACGCAGGAUGGCUCGGAGAGCGAGCAGGCGACGUCGAGCGGGAAGAUUCAGCGUGUGAGGAAGCGUCACAGAAAUGUCCACAGGAAAUCUCCCGUAUCUCAGUCUGUGGCCGAGAAUGUGGCGAAUCAAGGGGGAGCGUUUGGUGGUGGAGGUGGAGGUGGUGGUGGUGGUGGUGAACAGGUUGGUUGUAAGAGGUCGAGGCAUUGGGCGUUGUGGACGCCGGCUGCGUUGCAGCUCUUCUGUGAUGCUCUGGUUGAGCAUGGCCGAGACUUUGAGAAAGUUCAUUUAUACAUGGCACAGAGACAACGAAAACAGCAGCAACCACCAGACAUGUGCAAAAACAAAGAUCAAGUAAGGUACAUGUAUUACCGGACGUGGAACAAUGCGUGCAAACUGAUUGAGAAACAUGAAGGCCGAGAUGCAUUGCCUCACACUAAAGGUGAAACUACAGACAACAUUGAUCAAAAAGAGAGUCCUGUUUUAUCCGAGGAGAACGCAGGUGCAGAGGAGAAACAUCUAGCCAUCGCCGACGAGGAAAUCAUAAAGAAGAGUGUCACAAAACGCGACGACCAGAAGAAAGACGACACCAGGAAACACACACGUAGCGAGUUAGUAGCCAUACUGGCAUAUCUGGAGUUGAAGAAACGAUUAAGAAAAGACGAACCGAAGUUUGGUUUAAAGUACGUUGAGCUGAAGAAUCGAGGAUCGACAGUCAUCAGAGUCAAGGGAAGAAAUGUGAGGGUGAAGUUGCCUGUGUGCAAGGCGUUUAAGAAAGACGCCGACAAGGAUGAUGAUACGCAAGCACACAGUUUGAUGUCUCCUACAGUAAUGUCUCUUCCAAGUCAUCUCUCUGUCCAUCUUACUCCUCUUACUGAUUGUGACUUUGCUGCUGUUCAGCAAGCUGCUCAUAACCCACGUGUCAAGCUGCAAGUACCUCGCACAAAAACCUUGUCAUCCGUCAUCUCCUACUUGGAAUCCAAAUGGACGUCAAACCCCGGUGACAGACAGCUCUUGUUAUCAGUCCCCACUCCAUCAAUAAGUCCAACAAAUGUCAGUGAUACGAAGGAAGCCACAGAGGCAGCAAGCUGCAAAGCAAUGGAUGUGGACAACGCCGGCCAGUUGGACAAGCACGAGUGGAAUCGAAGCAGUGCAGGGGAUCUAACCGUACAGGAUGUUUACAGUAGCGUGGGGUGUCCGAAGAAAUUCAGUUUGAACUACAAGUGGACAGACAAGGGAAAGGAUGUUUGUGGAUCGUCACCGUUCUCUGCUCUUUCUCAUUUGAUUGAUCUCUUGGUGGCGGCUGGACAACAAGAGAGCAGCGCACCCAACAGCUCUCAUCCACCUACGACCAUCCCUCAACCUUCCAUUGAAACAAAACAUAUCAACAAUCACCCACCACCCGCCCCACGCACACUCACUGCCAGGACUAAUCUCCUACAUCGACUGGACAGUGUCGAAGACAAUCAGAGCGACUCCACACGACACACAGGCUCCGUCGUCCAGUUCCAGACGUGCACAUCUAGUGCACAGCCUACGAUUGUAGUCACAGACAAACAGCCAGCAAUUAUCCCGAUUGAGUCUCACACUCUCAUUCCUGUUACUUGCCACAGCAAUGUUACAUCGACUUCGGCGGCUGUUGCGUUCGUUAUGCCGUCUGCUGUGUUGCGACCGGCGGCGGGUGCGUUUAUGUCGAAGGGGCAGGUGACGGGCGGGAUUGCGGUCGAGCCUGUGAGUAAGAAGAUUUGUCUUGAGGGAAUCAGGAUUAUGAGUCCCACCGGGAUGAUGAAGAAGAUGUCGUAUAGUCAGCCAGUGAAACUGGUGCAAAGCACCGAGAAAAACAAGGCACCGCCACACACUUCUACCGCCACAAAGGGACGACGAGGCGUCCGUUUUGCAGUCAAACCUCCAGCAACGGCACGACAAAGGUCUCAUCCGGUCAAGUUGACUACAUCGACAUCGAACGUGUUGCCAGGGCAAGGGCAUUUUGUGUUGCCAGUAACGAAAGCCUCGAACGUGCAGCCGCUGGCAAGAGUUCGAGCAAUAGCACCGAAGACGACGGUGAUGGUGACGCCGACGUCCACACUGUCGGUCAUACAUCGAGCCAUGCAGGCGGCGAAUAUAACAAUUGAACCGCAAGUGACGGCGGCGCCGCCGCCGCCACAAGACCCGACGGUUACCGUCUCGUCUCCCAACUCCACUCGAGUUGACUCACAAAGUGAGGUCCAUCCGACCAAUCAGACUGAAUCCAUUUUCACUUGUCAGACUCACUCGAUGACGUCGAAUCAUGUGACAUCACCCUCCAUUGCUAUGACGACCGAUCAAUGCACAACGAUGGUUUGUCCGUCGACGCCUCUUUCGUGCUCCUCGUCGACGUCUCUAUCACUGGACCUUCUAUUGACUCCCACAAAAGUCAACUCAUCCGAGGUGUCACAUCACGAUAUGGUCGCCGAGAUCACAACAGAAGAUGCUCUGUUGGAAUUCUCAUCACAGGAGCAGUCGGAAGGCUUCAUCUCUGCUGUUGCCAAUGCAAUUUCAGUUGAUGCUCUCGACAGUGACAAGACACUGGAUACGAAUGCUCUACUCUGUGCGCUUUCCAGUGUUCCAUUUGUUGAUGAAGACACUCGUAUGUCGCACAGUAGGAUGGGGACACCAUCGAAGACGACGCCGUCUCCCAUAAAGACUGACUUGUCUGACCUCCUAGGGUUGAACGAGAACUCAAUAUCCGGGUUUCUAGCUCAGUCUCCGAGCAAGGAGCCGUUUGUGAUCGACGGGAAGGAUCUCUCCUCAGGCUUCAGACAGAUGCCCGAGAUGGACAUGGCGAUCUGUUCUGUUCUCGAAGAGAACAGUGUCGACUACGUGAACAAAUUCAAGGACCUAACGGCUCAAAUCGCUACGGCUACAACUCCGAAGAAAUUCGGACCGGAUACUUAUUAAAACAUUGAUAUCAAUGAGACAUCGUGAGGUAACCAUGCAUGCGCAUUAGUUUCACCGUUUGUAUUUGCUUUCCGGAGGAUUAAUGCAUUGAAAUCUCAA